AUGUCUAAUGUUUCCAUAAAUAGUCAAAAUUUGUAUGACAUAUCACUCAAUUCAAGAAAACUGUCUUGUCCAUCAGUACCACCACCUCCGUCGAAAAUGGGUGGUGGAAACUCUACUCCCAAAAGAGUUGCUUCAAGAACUUCUUUGCCUACAUUAAAUGAACAUAUUGCCUCUGGUCCAAAUAUACCGAAAAGACCAGGUGAUUACUACAUUCAAAAGAUUAAUUCAAAGUCUUCACUAAACUUGAACAAAAAUCAACCACCAAUUCCUCCAUCAUCAACACCCGCAACGUCACUUCCGCCUAAUAACAGAAGAAGAAUGUCUCAAGAUUCACUCAUGUCUGUGCAAUCUUCAUCUUCUUCCUUUGAAGAUCGUUCCCUGAUUGUAUCGUCACAAUUUGAUGUACCAGUUGCCAGUUCAAGCUCAGCCAUCACUUCCAGUACCACACAAUCACAACAUAAUCAUGCGUCUCAACCUGCAGACUCUAGGUUAAGCUCAAUGACUUCUGCGUCAACAACAGCGUUUGAAUCAAAGGUUUCUUUAGUUGAUAAUGAAUCUACUAUAUCGUUAGCCAAAACUCCAUCCAAUUUUAAACCACAAGCUUUAAAGGCAGCUUCAACGACAAAUGUAUUGAGAACCUUUCCUGUACCGCAACCUCCGGCUAAAAAAGAACGUUCUAAAUCAGUCACGACAGUACCGACUUUGCAUCGUACCAAAUCGAAAUUUGUGAGCUCACAAGAAAGCAAAGAACGUCAAAUAUUGAGAAAGAAAAAAUACGAAGAAAAUGAUGAUGAUGAGGAGAUUUUAUCAAAUGAUUUGGAUAGUUUGAUUUUCAAUGUACCUGUGAUUAAAAACAAUGAAUUGUAUUCAUUACAAAAGGGAAGUAGUAGUAACCUUGGCAAAUCCAAGUCAAGGUCAAAUUCAGGAUCAUCAAGUACAGUGACUAUACUAUCGAGAAAUGAUUUAGUUGGUGAUGACAAUGACAAGUAUAAUAUUCGUCCAUGCCCAUUGCCAGGGAAAUUGAGCACAAACCACUUGCCAACACUAAAUACAAACAAUGAAGAUAGUAUAAUUGAAGAAGAUGAAUCUACGUUUGAUGAGGAUUCCGAAAUUACUGCCAAUAUUUCAGAUUUCUAUUCUCAAAGAAGUGCGUCGGUGUCAAAAUUGAUGAAAAUGACAAGGGAGCAAAAUUUGAUGUACAAGUUACCAUCUUUCAUCAAAUCACAGUCUUCAUUAGAAGACCUACACUUGAUUUCACCUGAAAAGUUGAAUUUCCUCGAUCAAACUAGACCUAUCAAUCUACCACCAAAAUCAUCCCUCGACAAAACCAAACACAAUCGUGAAUUCACCAAAAGUCUAAGUCUGUUUGAGAACAUUGUUAAGACACAACAUGAUUCAAGAAUUAAAACUGUACAAUCAGCACUUCUUCAUCAACAACAAUGGGUCAAAAUGCUCAACUCCUUGAUGGACUUGGACACCAAGCACUUCAACAAGAAAUUCACUAGUGAAAAGAACCAAUUGAGAAAAUUGGCUUGGGAUUGCAAUGUCCCUUCAAAUCUCGCAUUUCAAUUCUUGAUUAAAAUCUUAUCGAAUAAUUACUCAUCGCAAGAUUCGGUAAAUACAAUUCGCAACCUGUUUGAAUUAUUUGAUCAAAAGCUUCAAGGAUUAACUGAUGUGAUGAAACAGAGCAAGAACCGUGAAUUCAACAAAAUCAUGGAUUCAGUUUUAUCAAAGCCUUUAAUCGCCAAUUCAGGAACUGAUAUGAGUCAAUUUAAAGCUAACUUUAUUCAUCUUUUAUAUAUUAAAAGUAUGAGUGAAACCGGAUUGUCUGAAAAAGAUCAUUCAACAAUCCCCAUUAUUUUAACCAUGUUCCCCAACCAAUCUGUGAUUGACAUUUACUGUUUAUUAGAAUUGAUUAAUCAGGAGAUAUUCAAUCGUGAGUUUAUCAGCAGUUACAACCCACCUUCAGGAGAAACAAGUGAAUUGACGUUUCAUGACACAUUCAGAUUGAUGCUUCAAUUUAAUGAUUCAUUGCCAUUAUCAUUAUCAGCACCAUCUACACCGAUCAUUGAUCAGGGAAAAUUUGAACCAAUUAAAAGCGAUGAAAGUCAGGAUAAAAAUUUAACCAACUUGAUCCCUCCAACUUCAGCAAGUAUUGAAAUUGUUACCAAAUUGUUAACAUUGCUUAUUAUCAAUUCACAAUCAACAAAAACAAAGCUAAAGAAUAAUCAAAAAUUGAUCAAACUGUUUAUCAAGACUGUAUUUUAUGAUUUCCAUAUUGGUUGGAAUUCGUAUAGUGAGUUGAUCAAAUUGAACAAGUCAAUUAGAAUUAACAAUUGUUCAGAUCAACGAUUGAAUUUGGAGAAGUUUGUUGCUAGAUGGACAUCACAUCAUUUUGGGUGA